GACCACCAUCCACUCCCAGGUCCUCUACCCCUGUAAGAUCGGCCCAGAUGGUAAAGAACAGUUUUUCGGCACGCAGUGGGUAGGCAGGACAGUCAGGUUUAAAGGACUGGAUGUGACUUUUGUUUCAGCUUAUUUGAAUGACUCCGAGGGGGCUGUCGGCACCAACGGCCUUAUUUUAGAAGAGCUAGCUGGAUAUUUACUCACUGUGGCUAAGCACUACAUAGUCAUGGCGGACUGGAACAUGACUCCUGAGGAGCUCUGGGAGUCUGGGUGGCCUUCAUUUGUUCGGGGACACAUCGCUGUACCACCUGGCGAAUUUACAAAUUCUGGAGGCACUGGAAGAAUCCUGGACUUCGGAGUCGUCUCGGAACAUCUAGCUUCCUUGGUCAAGCUUUCUCUGGAUCAGAAGGGACCUUGGGCGCCACAUCUGGGAAUUUUUGGCGAGUUGGACCUGACUCAGAACAUCCUGGAAGGCCGCAUCCUGGUACCUGUCACCCCAAUCCUACCGUACGUAUAUGGACCCGACCAGCCCUGGGAGAUGUUUCAGCAGCAGAAUGACGGCAUCGAGAUGCCGCAGCAUUAUCAUUUUUGGCCUGAGGCGACCUCAGGCGACCUCACCAGGUUGUACGCGAGCUUCUCCAUGCAGGCAGAG